CUGGAGUAUGAUAAAGUGGUAUAGUUGAGUAUUUGACAUUUGUCUGAAGGAUGGAUCCUUAACUACCCAGACAAAAAUUUUUUAUGUGUUUCCUAUGGGUUCUCUGGGACUGGAAAACAUAUAUUUAGUCCGUUAAUUUUUGGCUGUAAGAUAUGAAAUAGUAAUUAUGGUCAUGUACUUUAUAUGUGAUUUUCCGUUUUCUAAUGGGAUGAUAGUUGAGCGAUCUGGAGUAUGAUAAAGUGGUAUAGUUGAUUAUUUGACAUUUGUCUGAAGGAUGGAUCCUUAACUACCCAGACAAAAAAAAAGGUUGAAAUUAGCUUUAUUCAGUGUGCAUGCAUGAUUAUCAAUUUAUAAUUGCUACUGCAGUUGGAAGGUUGAUUUAAAAUGACUCCGUUGUUUAUCCCUAUCUUUGUUCAUGUUACCCCUGAUGCUUUUUGAAUCUUAGUGGCCUUUCAUUGCAUGUUAAGUCAAGAUUUCAUUGAAGUUUCUCAAGAAAGGGCCACCGACCCACAUACUGAAACUGUAAACAUACACCUUUUCUAUUCCCAGUUUUUUGAUAAAUAACUCUUAAGAACAUAUAAUCGAAAUAAUCCAACUUCUGAGUUGCAAAGUUGUCACUUCUCAAUCAAAAAACGUUUUUGUUUAUGCCAUCAAUUAACUAUGUUUCAUUUUCCUUCUUUUCUAACUAAGCUGUAUCUUCAUAACUAACUUCAAAAUGACAUUGGAAUGGAAUUAAGGCAUGGUUUUAGACAAUUGCAAUAUUUUUUUUGAUAAGUCACAUGUAUCCUUUGGAUUUUCAACGUACAUUCUACAUUUGUUUGGAAGAGUUAUAAUUAGUAGUUGUGGUUUUACGAAAUGUCUAGUUAAAAAUUAUGUUUGACCAAAAGUGAUUAUAACUUUAACUCUCCCAAACAAGCACAAUAUAAGUCACAGUAAAAGAAAACUUGAUUACCAUGGUUUCUUUCUUGUGCUACAAUAAUGCAUCAAUAAACACCAAAUUGAGGUCUGUAAGUGAAAACAUGUAAUUGAAUGACCAAAAUCUGUGUUCACGUUUAAUCCUGGGUUGAACUCUAUGUACGAGUUGUUUUCACCUGGUACCAUUGAAUUCUAUGUCUUUUCCUUGUGCUAAAUAUGCUCUAAAAGGGAUUUGAUUUGCCUUAUACCAACUGAUUUAAGUUCACUUUUGUUCCAUAAUCACCUAAGACCGCUACGAUUGCUUUAGGUACCCAUGUCGCACAUAUGACAGUUGAACAAGGCAAUGUUAGAGUUCAGGGAUGUCAUUGCCUAAACAAACAGAGAAAUUUUCUAAUCAGCCAGAGUCUUCUGGGCUGAAACUCCCCGACGCCUCACUCCUCUUGGAUUCACCUGCUUUGCCAUCUCAUCUUAUGACUGCCUCAGACCACUCGUCUAGAGUUGCAGCUGCAAUGGCUGAAGGCGCAUCUCGGAAGAGAGACUUAAAUGGUUCUCCUGCCAGUCAUCUUCGUGGUAAAGUUCCAAAGGGGACCUUGCCUUAUUCCAAGAAUGUUCCAGAUACAGUAGGUGGCAAUUUACUCCCACCUCAGCUUACUGGAAGGAGCAAUGUUGUUACGGAGGACAUAAGCAAGCUCUUUGUAAGAAGGCAUGCUGACACUUCAUCACACUAGUACAAGUUGAUCGUAUAUUGUAAUGUUACUAUCGUCUUCAUGUUAUGACAGUUUAGAAAUUCUUAGAACGUUAAAGGUUGCUUCUGUAAGACAUUACGAGUAUUGUCCCAAAAUGUAACCAAUUUGUUGCAAACUCAGUGUAUUAAAUAGAAUGCACAAAUUCGUGGUCUUUGAUUGAUAGUUGAUACAUUUACACUUGCUGAUCGAAAUUUAGUGUACUUUUUAAUUCA